CUGUGAGUUCAGAACUGCCGACACGUUACCGGCAGCGGCAGUUUUGAACUCCGUAUCCGUUAAAUAUUUUACAAAGUAGGAGCCUGAAUCUGCAGAAGAAGAAGAUGGAGGAGGAGCAGGCUGGUUACUUUUAAAUGUUUCAGUAUUUCUUCUCUCAGGCAGAGCCAAUGAAAGAAAGAUUCCAAAAAUCUCUGCAAUAAAAGAGAGAGACAGACGUCUUUAGUCAACGCAUCAUUAUGGGACUUACCACACACACCUGCCUUCAGUGUUGCCAAAUGAUGGUGUCAAGAGGUCAGGAUCUCCAUUUGUUGCUUGGGAAUUCCUUAUUUAUUCCACACUGAGCAGGCAUAUUUCUCUGGUGUGAGUUAAACAUGAACAAAAGCAUGGUUUCAAACGAAUUGUGUAACAAUAUCACGUGCAAUGACAGUCUCAUCGUGAAUGAAGAUGGCAAGCCAGCGACAAGCAUCAUCAUGUUUUUGGCUGGCGUGGUGGGAAACCUGCUGGCUCUCUUCAUCCUCGGGGUGCACCGGAAGGAGCAUCGCUCCAGGUCUUCUGUCUUCUGCAUCCUGGUGACCGGCCUGGCCCUCACCGACCUGCUGGGCACCUGCCUCCUCAGCCCACCUGUGUUCAUCUGCUACGCCUGCAACAUGUCCCUGAUAAGUCUGGGCGGUGAGGGCCUGUGCAAGCACUUUGGCUUUGCAAUGAGUUUUUUCGGCCUGGCGCCCACGCUCAUCCUGUGUGCCAUGGCCGUGGAGCGCUGCCUGGCCAUCAGCCACCCUUACUUUUACUCUGUACACAUCCGCCGCAGGUUUGCCAAAUUCACGCUUUUCUUUAUUUACCUCUUUUCUUUGGGCUUCUGUCUGCUGCCAUACUGCGGCUACGGCAAAUUCAGACAGUACUGUCCCGGCACGUGGUGCUUCAUCGACAUGGAUGCAACAGGGGAUGAACAGGCCAACUUGGUGCUGGCCUUCUCUCUGUCCUACUCCUCCGUCAUGGCGCUGCUGAUCUUUGCUGUGUUUGUGUGCAACGGUUCAGUGAUUGUCAGCCUGCGCCAGAUGCAACGGAACCAGAUGAUGCGGCGCGGCUCGGUUGGGUCGACGGGGAGGAGGAGGCUGAGCCUGGCCUGGUUCAUACAGGGGGAAAAGGAGAUGGACCACCUGGUGCUGCUGGCGCUCAUCACUGUCAUCUUUGUGGUCUGCUCGCUGCCACUCACCAUUGCAGGCUUUAUCAACGCCAUUCGCCCAUUUUGUGGCGACACGGAGAACCUGACAGCCUUCCGCUUCUACGCACUGAACCCCAUCGUGGAUCCCUGGGUCUUCAUUAUCUGCCGCAAGUCUGUGUUCCACCACCUUUGCUCUCUGCUGAGCUGCCGCUUCAGCAGAAAAGCUGUGAAGACGAAGGCACACUGCGCUCUGUCUUUGCCCCUUGACAGUCACAUGCAGCACAACCCCCCAGACAUGACCGUUGCACAGACAAACAUGUUCUCCAGUAUACAUCUGUGACCCAACAGAACCCGGGGGUGACUGGAAGCUAGGAGGAUUCCAUGUCUGACAAAACAUUUGUGAAAUGAUAUUUUAACAUUUGCAUACAGGAUACGUGCACUCACCAUUUUAAGGCUUAAGGUCUUAAACUUCCAAUUACUAAUAGAAACUGUUUCAAAGUUGCAGGAAGACUUGUGCCAUAAAACAAACAGCACUGUAACGUACCACUAAGGAACACAUCAAAUCAUAUCAUGCCUAUGAAUAAUAUACUGUAGAAUCAGAAUAUGUGCACUUGGGUAAAAGCUAUAUGGGUAAACAAUACACAUGAGUGUAUUCUCUCAGCCUUUUCUUUAAAACACAGCCAGGUAACUCCACUAAUGGUUGGAUCACAGCUACAGAUCUAUGACGUGUCCUGCAGGUCGCACUAAACAUGAAGAUGGCGGUUUAUUUCCUAGUCAUCGCUGGAUGACGUGUUAAUCCAUUUCCCCUGACCACAAUUAAAACGCAUCUGUGACAGGUUGAGUGAUCCAAAAGAGAGACACGUAUUGUAUUCAAGUGAGGAGACGUUGUCAUUUGGUUUCCCAGGCCAGGUGGUAUAUAAAUAUGAAUGUAUUAGCAGGCUUUAAUCUGAAGUAGUCUGUCAUGUCACAAGAGUAAAAGGCUACAGCAAUGCUCACGGUCCUUUUAAGGCUUCACUUUGGUACAAAGGUUGCUUUGAGCGAAAUGCAUGUUGAUGUUUAGCAGGUAUCAUGUUCAACAUCUUAGUUCAGCAUGUUUCCUUGUUUAAAUUAGCUCAUUUGAACAAAACACAAAGUACAGCUUGGAUUGAUAGGAAUGUUAUCAGUUGUGCAGGUAUUUUGUCAUAAACCAAAGUAUUGAACAAAUUCAAAUGUUGGCUUGAUUAUGGUUUUAAAUGUAAAGUGAAAUAAUCAAAUUACUCUCACUCCUAAAAUGGAUUUAACUAAACACUUUUUAAAUUGAACUCCAAUCUUCUGUCAAGAAAGCAGAUUGCUUUCUAAAAAACUAGACAAAAGGUUGUUUUUUUUUCAAACCACACCUGAGAGCUGAGUUAAAUGGGUUUAGAUGGCUACUUUAGUCCCAAGCUAAGAAUAAUUGACCCUUCGCUAAAACCCGCCACCUGUUGGUAGUCUGUCAAGCUGUCAGAGAUACCA